UUAUUUCACAAUACCGGACGAUCUCAGAAAUCACGUGCUAAAAACACGCCAAGGAGGAGGGCUAUCAGACUUCAUCUCCAACUCAUCAUCCUGAAUUUGAUCCUCCAAUUCGUACGAUACAUAGAUGUGAUGUGAGGAAGGGUGGAGCCGAGUUGUCUUCUAUAGGAAUUGACAUUCAUUCUACCGCUCUCUUUAACAAUUCAUUUUAUGGAAAACAUUCUUGCAACAAACACACCUAUACCCAUCCUCAGCGGCGAGAAGACAGAACUACAUCAUCACUCAACUCAAUGGCCAUGUCAUCUCUCAUAUGCCUCUUUCCCUUAAAACUGUUCGUAGCGUCUCUGCAAACUUAACUACAUACUCCGGAUUCAACAUUGUAUAGUGCGCCCCCUGCACGUCGUGAAAUCUCACGUCUUCUCUCACGAACUCCUUCCAUGCUGCCAAUCUGGUCUCUACCCAAUCCCUUCUAUUCUUCGCAACAUGGCUCAGAGGGUCUGCCACAAAUACAUCCAUACACUUGACGUUUCCCGAGGGGUCAUAGUUGACGGCCAUGUUUUGCGUGUUGAACGCAAGCCCAACCCACAUGAGAUAAUAUUCUUCUGUGAGGCCUAGCUCAUCCCACCGGUUCUGAUCGCAAUGCUUCCGCAGGUAGCGAAUGGCGUCAAGAUGACGGUUUUCCCGUUCAAACUCACAUAAGAUCGGUUUGUGAGUGUAGGCUUUUGCUUCGUCCAUCAAGCCGACGAAGUAGAAGAGAUGGAUAACGCACUCGUCCCAUAAGAGCUCACGCAUGCGGAACUUUAUAUGCGGCGGGAGAUUCCAGCUGCCGCAGUAUCGCACCUCAUCCCCGUCCCCCUCAAGCAGCUUGGCUACUUCAAACGCCACCAUGCCACCAAACGAGUAACCGGCGAUGGCGUAAGGACCUUGCGGCUGCCGUUUCUUAAUGGCAGAACGGUAUGUUUCAAAGACUUCUUGCAGUGAUUCGAAUGGUGUCUCGCCCUCGGUGGCGUUGAAUCCUCUUGCGCGGAAAGCGUAGACGGGACGAUCGGUUACGUGGUGAGCAAGGUUGACAAAAACCAGGACUUCACUGACGCCAGGGUGAACAAGCCAUAGAGGAGCUUUGUUUCCGAAGGGCUGGAGAGUCACAACUGGGUCGUACUUAUGUUCUCCUCGAUUCUUGGAUGUGGAAGUACGCUUUGCAAGACCUCUCACUGUAGGAUGACUCAGGAGGUCAGUCAGUUGGAUGGGCUUUAGGAGCUGCAGAUCCCUGUUGAUUUGCUGCAUGAUGGCCACAAGAUCCAUUGAUGUCGCCCCGGUUGCGAGAACAGAGUCAUUGACACCGAAAUCGUCCUCAUCUGGAAUUUCGAGUUGCUCUCGGAUGAUCUCCAGAAUUGUAGCCUCUUCAGACAUCUCUACCUUGCCACGGAUCUUGUGUCGAUACCUCUUGAUUGCCUCGUCAUUUAGAGUCUGUUGGGCUGCGAAGCUGCCUUCUUCUAGGGCAGCCUUUAACUUCGCCCGAGAGAGUUUCCCAAGAGUUGACUUGGGCAUAUCUUGGGGUUGUAGUGGUAUUACUUGAGGACGGGACCGAGUGUGCAUACUCGCAACUCGAACGAUGGUGUCUUGCGUCUCGAAACGGGCUUUGUCGUCUGCCUCAUCAUAUGACGGUAAGUAGAGUACGGCAACAACUUCAGUGUCCAUUGUCACAUCACGAGUACCAAAGCAGCAGAAGUAGCUUGCCGUGGCACCGAGAAUUUCAGCCUGUUCGAGUGUUGCGUCUAGCUCGUGCGGGAGGUACUUGACCCCAUUGAUAUUGAUUAUCUCUUUGGUACGGCCAUCAAGAUGAAGGUAGCCGUUCUUGUCGAUAUAAGCCAAAUCGCCUGUCCGAAACCAGCCAUCCCCAGUAAAUGCCUCUGCCGUGGCCUUGUCGUUAUUGUAAUAACCUUUGAAAAUAACGUCGCCAGUCAACUCUAAACUGCCUCGUUCUCCGACUUGUGCCUCGAUCCCAGAACCGUCGAGUUUGGUGAUGCGCAUGCGCACACCUGGCAUGCAUUUGCCGAGUGACGCAAACUCUAAAUUCUCCGCGCGAUCAUAGCUCGGACACCGGCUGUUAAAUAUGCAUCCGGCACAUGUCUCGGUCAUGCCAAAUGAGGGUUUGAAUACAUCUUCUGGAGCGCCAUAUUUCUGGAGCAGAGAUUGGAGACCAACGCAAACAUUUGUAACAUUCGCUUCACCACCUGUAUCUAGGUACAAAGUUUCUAGCUUCAGGUCUGCGUCCGUGGAUGCCUUGUCCGCCUCCAGUUGCCUGCGCAGCUUGGCAAGGAGGAUGUUUGGCGCGAAGGUCCGCGAGACACGGUGACGACUAACAAGGCGCAGGAGUUGCAUAGGAUCGACCAGCACUUCAGAUGCGGGGACCUGAACUUGUGAUACCUUGGACACAAUGGCAAAUAUGUGGCAAUGGACGAGGUUAGCUACGUGAUCCAUAUUCACCCAGGAGAGAAACGGGCUAUUUUGAUGCCGCAAGUUGGCAACCUGUGUUUUUCCACGAAAGGCUACAAGUAGCUGAUGGUGGGUUAACGGUACCACUUUUGCGUUGCCGCUGCUUCCAGAUGUGAGCAUUAGAGCAAUCACAUCAGAAGGGGAAGGUCGGAAAGGUAGGGGCUGCCAGGAUUUAAUGGGUGGUACGGCUUGAAUAUCGCCAAUGACAAACGUAUUAAUGCGGUCUUCCCCGCUUUGCUCUUUGAAAGGACCUAGUAGGAGCAGCUGAGUGAGGCAUAUUGGUCCCUUCAGCGUGCUAUGGAGAUGGCUCAGAUGCUUAUGCCUGUCACUUGGGUUCUGACUGAACAUCGAGGGGCUGGUGAUGGCGGGGAUUCCGCCAGCUAACAAAACAGACCAGUACCAGAUGAUGGUGUCUAAGGUAUUGUCGAAGUGGAUGAGCACGACAUGUCCAGGCUUGCAGAUGCUUUGCUGACGAAGCCGAUUUGCAUUUUCUUCCGCCUGCUGAAGCAGCUCACUGUACGAAAGCUGCUGGACUGCAGAAGUCCCGCUAGUGUUGUUGGGCUGAUAUGCGAUGAUCCCCUCAGUUGUUUCUCUGGCGGCAUGUCGCAAGGCGUCAAUGAUGUUGUCGAAGUCGUAUCCAUUUUGUGGGAUCGCCGUAAGCGGAAGAGCGCCAUUGGUGGUGGGUUCAGACACUCUAUCUGCCAUCUUAUCUUCCACGUUGGCUUUCUUCGAGGUUUGCACGAUUGAAGGCGCCAUGUUAAUGUGCUAGGAAUGAAACUUGAAUGAGAAAUAUACUGAAGUACUGCUACUGACAGUUAUAUAGCCGGAAAGACAGAAAACGUGGAAAUGGAUUCCUAUAAGGACAGAAGGAUGCAGAUUAUUAUCAGCAUAAGAAUGUCCCUUGGACGUCCAGCUUACGGGUUGCAUCCACGGAGUUUAUCCUAUUGCAUUGAACAAUGAUGCGCCGCUCUCGAAGAGCAACAUGGCAUUGACAAUAUCAACGUGCUACGAGGUUAACCGCCUUUAUAAUGUUUUUACCCCUUGGGGCUAUUUGGUAAUAUGAUACCACACCACAGCAUGAGACACAAUCCCAGCCAUGAGAAAUUCUCUUACACGAGGGUUGAAAAGCGAAAGUUUUUUUCAAGACGGGACACAGGGUGGCAAAACAGCUGGCAAUGUGCCUGGAGAUCCAGGUGGUUCUCGUUUUAUUCAUCUCAAAGAAUUCACGAAUCUACAAAUUCGCUUUCCCUUUUCAGGCAAAAUACUACGAUAUGGGGAAAGAAUCCCAAAGUUAAUCAUUGAUGGAAUGCUUACCUUUGGCCUGAAAGGAUGGAAACUCUAAUCACACAGUUAUUGCUCAGGUUCAAACAAUUUUAACAUCCUUGACAAUCUCAUGCAGUUGCCGGCUGCGAUCCAUGCGUUUCCGGUGUGCACAUCAGCCCAACUUAAUUGUUGUGCGACCCUGGAAAAGAAAAUAACCCGACCAAUUGCCAGACAUGGUUAUUAUCUAUGGGACCACGAAACCGGAUUAUUGAUAUCUUUUGUAUAGCAUCAUGGGUCAUUAUUGUCUGUAUAACAAACGCGGAGGGCUGCUGGAGGAUCGCAGAAAUAACAACCUCUGAAGAAUCGAGUAAGUAUAUAUAGAGAAUCUUGCACCAUUUCACCGCUUCGGAUUAUUCGAUGUUGCUAUUGAUGAUCAUCGCCCCGAAACCUUCUCUCUUGAAUCAAUUGUUGAAACCUUGUUACCAAUCUUCGUUAUUCGCGUAUUCUCCUUAAGGAUACCCAAAAUUAAUCAAUAUGGCCGGGCAAGCCGUUUCCGCGAUCCCUGAGGCAGCUUCUGCGUUUCAACAGGCAGCAAAAGUUACAGCCACACGGUUCUGGUCUCAUUAUCUCCGCUCCAUCAUGGCGCCAUUGUUCAAAUCGGUGGGAGCUUACACGGAAUCCGAGCAAGAAUCCCAUCUUCAGUUUAUGGACGAGCAUAUUGCAACGAAUCUCGGACCUCUACCAAAUGAUCCUCAUUCACCAUAUGUUGUGCCCGCAGCGAUAGUUGGCGCUCCCUUUGAUCCCAGUAUCAAUUUGACUUCAUUUGGCAGUGGGAAAGUUCGCUUCGAUUACACAGUCGUUGAGCCGAUCGAGCGCCCGAAGGAGGACCCCUUCUCCGAAAAUUUGGCCAGAGAGAUGCUACAUAAGUUAGCCUCGGUCGUAGGAGCAGACACGAGGUGGAUGGACAGCCUCAUGUCGUCGCUUUAUUUAUCACCCGCCGAAACUGAUGCUCUCCUGGCCAGUAUGCCGCCGCAACUUCUCUGCCCACCCGCUUGUAUCGGCGUGGAUUUUGACGGGCCCAAAAGGACGCUUAAGGCGUACAUUCCAGGGGUACGUAAGGCUCUUGCCACUGGACAGUCUUCGGCCGAGCUUGUGUUGGAGGCUAUACGGGAUCUAAAACCAUUAGGAUCCGAGCUCGCGCCGGCCGCGGAUCUUUUAGCUGAAUAUCUCGCCAACUGCAAACAUGACAUUAUUCUUUUGUUGGCAGGAAUUGAUUGCAUUGACCCCACAAGACAUAAGAAUGCGCGGGUUAAAUGCUAUCUUCAUAGCAAGGCAAAUUCAUUUAGUGUCGUUCGUGACGUGAUGACGCUUGGUGGGCGUCUAAAUGACGAGGCGUCGCUUAAGCGGGUCGACAUUCUGCGAUCUAUCUGGCCAUUGCUCUUGAACGAGCCCGAAGAUACUAAACAAAUUGAUGAUGACUGGUCGAAGCCCGAACGUAUCAAAGAGAAGCUCUACACUGGGAUACGUUAUACGGUUGAGAUGACACCCGGAAAAAAGAUCCCUGAAACUAAAUUAUACAUGCCAGUUUUCCAGUACACGGAGACUACCGACAUAACAGAAAAAAAUUUCGAGAAUACUCUGAAGAAACUGAACAUUGAAUGGGGCCAUAAUGGGAAGUAUGGAGAGGUCAUGGAGGCUGUUUUCGGGAAAGAAAAAGAUUAUACACAGAUUUUCAGUUCCUUUUCAUACACCGCGGGGAAGGGCGCGUACACAACGUCGUAUUUUGCGAAGCCAAUAAGGCAGUAAAAUGGCACAAUUUUUUGUGGAAGGGUAAUUUGCUAUUUGUUCUGAUGCACUACUUCUUACUUCUUAGUCAAGUUUUUUAUCCUGCUGUGGUUUUAAGAUUAGCCAUUGGAGAGCUUGAGAUGGAAUAAAUUGUAGAAUUUAGGAUAGGAGAAUAGCAGUGUUCUAAGCCUUUGUGUUGCAUAAAUCGCGUUGAUAUAUUUUGUUACAAGUGAAUGGUUUAUUUCCAGGGUCCCACGUUAUUCUUGAGUAGUUAAGAUUUUGCCCAUACAAACCGAGAUAUCCUAACUGGAGAGAAUCGACAUUGGGCUGAGACAAAAGCACUCGCACGUUUUCUUGGUCUUACCAACCCCACGUCAUGACUUCCGGGAACUCUGUUACACGGGGGGAUACGGGCUGAUAUGGUUCUCGAUUUGAAAUCAACAAGAAAAGUUUUUACUAGCUUUGGCAGGGUUGAUACGAAUUCUAACUUUCAUUGCACUACUCUCCAAGAAAUAUCAAGAUCUG